UUCCUGUUUGAAGGAUCCUAACGGAGUGAGUGUUGUUCAGAAGGUGAAUGAAUUUUCUGGUGAAAUGCUGAUGAAUUCUUUGUUCUGCAUGUCGGGCGGAGCUCUCCUUGAAGCUAAACGUAGAGAAAAACCACGUGGAGUCAGCAAAGCACUCACAACACAAGUGUCAGCUCAAGGAAAUCCAAGCUGGUUAUGUUCUGAUAGUUCA